CGGGAGCCAUCCGCGCUUCCCUCUUGAGUCCCGGCCACCGCUCCGAAGAAGCCGCAGCCGCUCCCCCGGUUUCCCGGCGCGGAUUGCAUCAGUUUCUAGCCGGCCCUGCUCCACCUUCCUCGAGUCUCUGCUGGGCGCUCCUGGCUCCCCUUGCUCCACCGAGGGGUUCGGCUAAUGGGGAAGGGGCUCCCCGGAGUGGGGAGAGUCUACUGGGCUGCAUCCCGGGCUGCCCGACCUCUCCCUCACCCGCUCUCCUAUGCCUUGGACCGGCCAGCAGCUAGUGGCCGGGCGCCGCUUGGGUGGCUUUACCCCCCGGGCUGCUGAAUCACGGGGAGGCCACUUCUCGCCCGCCCGCCCACGCCGCGUGGGCGCGGCCCCGACCCCUCCGCCCCGGAGCCUGCGGCCCCUUGAGCCGUGCGCAGGAAACGCGGUGCCCGUCGAGGGUGGCACCUCCACGGGGUCCCUACUUGGUGGCUUCGCCACGGUUGGACCCCGGGGGACUGCUGCUGCUUUUACUUUCUUUUCGGCUUCGGACGGAUCUCUUCCCGGUUUUCCCUCCGGGGGGGAAUCCUUGGCCUCCUGGCAGCCGGACUGGGUCCCUCGGGCAGACAGCAUCCCCGCCACUGUGGGGUGGAAUGAAGAAGGGAUGAGAGCAGGGCCAGUGUGAGGCAAGGAUGGCUGCGGACGGGCUCUCCAGCAAGGCCCUGAAGGUGAAGCGGGAGCUGGGAGAGAACACUCCACUGCUGUCGGAUGAGGAGCUGAUGGGGCUGUCAGUGCGGGAGCUCAACCACCACCUCCGGGGCCUCUCCAAGGAGGAGGUGGCGAGGCUGAAGCAGCGCCGCCGGACACUGAAGAACCGGGGUUAUGCCGCCAGCUGCCGGGUGAAGCGUGUCUGCCAGAAGGAAGAGCUGCAGAAGCAGAAGAUGGAGCUGGAGUGGGAAGUGGACAAGCUGGCCCGGGAGAAUGCUGCCAUGCGUCUGGAGCUCGACACCCUCCGUGGCAAGUACGAGGCCCUGCAGGGCUUUGCCCGCAGCGUGACCACCCAUGGGCCGACCACCAAGGUGGCCACCGCUAGCGUCAUCACCAUCGUCAAGUCCAGCAACAACCAGGCUGCCUAUUCCUAGUGUCGGCCUCUGUCCCCCGGCUGGGCAUGCGCCCCCCGGGGUGCCUUUCCCCCAAAAAACCCUCCCAUCCCUCCCUGACCUCCUUUCCACCAGGAUCUGUGCCUGAAAUAUUCCUUCUCCCAUCUCUUGGUCUCCAGCUCCUUUGUGGAAGGAGAGCUGCUGCAGCAUGGAUGCCAGGGCAGAGAACAGGACACCACUGGUGGCUCCUGAAGCUCCACAGUCCCCUUCUGUCUGAACCAGCCCCAUCCCUUGCUGCAGGCCCCCUGUCCUGGCACCCUGCGGGUUGCAGACAGGAGAGAGUGAGCCCAUGCAGGCAGCAGUGGGAACACAUCUCAUGGCUCCAAGCUGGCAGAAAAGCACCAGGUGCUUCUAUUUUUGGGGGAUAGGAUGUGGUGGAGCUAUCUGUUGGCCAGGCAAUCCCAGGAGCACAAGCCAGGAAGGGAAAUCAGGAGAGAGGUUUCACAGUGAGGAUAGAUGUAGAAGGGUUAUGAUGGAAAGUGGGUUGGCAUUGACCUUGCAACUUGGACUGUGGCUGGAACAGGGAGGUGGCAGCAGGUCUGGAGCCUAUGGAGAUUGUGAGGAAAGGCAGCAGGUCAGAAGGGGAGAGAAAGUGGCUGGCAAGGGGUAGUGAGAUGGGAAAGCACCGUGGCAGCCUCUGGUGCUGCCAGGAGCCUACAGGUAACGGUGAUGGAGAAGGGACCCUUAGCAGAAGAGAGCUGGGGAAUGUGAGAGGGUCAGCCUAGGGUGUUGUAGGCAAGGAGGAGAAGCAGUGGUGCUACUUUAUCUUCAUCAAGCACAUCCUUCACACCUCUUCCUGCCUAUGGGACACUCAGCCCAGUUGACUGGGUGUCUCCAAAACACAGAGGCACUGGCAGGAAGGAAGCAGAGGCAGCUGGAGCAGAGAUAAACACUGUUUGGCUCAUUACAGGCUGGCUUGUACAGCGCCACCAAGCACAGCCCCACAACAGAUGCUGCUGGCCCCCCAAGCACCAGAGAUGCUGUUGAGACAGAGAGGUGUGGAGGUGCAGGAGGUGGGAAGCAGAGAUGGAGAGCAUCCCUGCUCCUGGGAGCUGCCUGGCAGACAGGUAGGCUCCUCCCUUUGGUUUUCAUCCAGCUUGGACACCCAUGUAGGACAACUGGCUCUUCAGAAGGCAGAAAUGCUAAAGAGUUGGGUUUGCUAAAUGCAGGCAGCAUGGGGAAGGUAACAAGAGGUAAGAACCUUCUUGGUAUCCACCACUGUAGAUGAUUUUCCCCCCUUCUCUCCCCCCACUCCCCCAUCCCUUUUCUCUGCCCCUGCCUGGGCAUUGCCACGCCAGCCACCCUUGGCUGCAGCCUCCAUCCCUCCCCUGAGAGAAGCCCCCACCACUCAUGGAGGGGGUACUGUGGUUCUCAUCCCCAACCCUAAAUCCUCUUGGGUUUAUUUAUUGCACGAACAUAAGUUAUUUUCACGUCCUCUUUGCCAUUCCGCCUCUCGGCACAGCCAGGAUGUUGGUACAGAGCCGUACUUUAUAUUUUAUAUAUGCAAAUCACAUUUUAUCUUAUAUAGAGCAAAAAAAAAAUAUUUAUUUUCUGACUUACAGUAUGUGUCCUACCCGACUCCUCUGUAUUUUGUAGACUUUACAAAUAAAGUAAGUUUGUUUUUGUUUUUUUCCACA